UUUCGUUCAAUUCCAGAGCGAAAUUUGGAGGAAGAAGCCAAGCCGUGUGUGAGGUAGUUGUGUGCGAACGAAGCCAACCAACAAGAAAAAACGAAGCGUACAAAUAGCAAAAACUACAACUGCAAACAAAUCGCACGCCGCGCUAGCAAACGUAAUUGCGCCUUUUCCUACGCCGGAAGUAGCAAAGUGAUCCGUGCGCGUCCCGUCCGUUUUCUUUCGUUCGCCCGCACGCAAAGAAGGCCCGUACAGCAGCGUACACGCACCGCGCGACUAACACACCGCCACCGCAGAAGCGCAAGCGAAAACAAAUAUGGCCGAUGUACAGGACGCGGAAAUGAACGGUAGCAGCCAAGAUGUGCCGGAAAACGGACAAAAUCAGAUGGACAGCGAGGAUAAUAUGGGUGGCGGUGGUGGUGGAGGCGGCGGCGGCGGUGGCAGCAGUAGCGGCGGCAGUAACAAUGGUAGCGGUGCCGGUGGCGGCGGCGGCGGCGGCAGUGGUGGUGGCGGCGGUGACAAUCAGAAUGCUCGUGACGACGAGCGGAAGCUGUUUGUCGGUGGGCUGAGCUGGGAAACGACCGAGAAGGAUCUGCGGGAACACUUUGGCCAGUACGGCGAGAUCGAAAGUAUCAACGUGAAGACGGAUCCGACCACCGGCCGCUCGCGUGGGUUUGCCUUCAUCGUGUACAAAGCGUCCGACUCGAUCGACAAGGUGGUGGCGGCCGGCGAGCAUGUGCUCAACAACAAGAAGGUCGACCCGAAGCGGGCCAAGGCCCGGCCGGGCAAGAUCUUCGUCGGCGGGCUCACGUCAGACAUCAGCGACGACGAGAUCAAGACGUUCUUCGGCCAGUUCGGCACCAUCGUGGAGGUGGAGCUGCCGUUCGACAAGCAGAAGAACCAGCGGAAGGGUUUCUGCUUCAUCACGUACGAGUCGGUGCAGGUGGUGAACGAGCUGCUGAAGACGCCGAAGCAAACGAUCGCCGGGAAGGAGGUGGACGUGAAGAAGGCCACCCCCAAGCCGGACGGCCAGAUGGGCGGCAUGGGCGGCGGUAUGGGUGGUAUGGGCGGUGGACGUGGCGGUAACAUGCGCGGCGGAAUGCCCGGCCGGGGCGGUAUGCGCGGAAGGGGCGGCCCGAAGGGUGGCUUCGGCGGUGGCUGGGGAGGACCGGGCGGGUACGGCUACGACAGCUACAGUGGCGGCUACGGCGGCCAGGGCUACGGGGGCGGCGGCUUCGAUGGCGGCUUCGGAUACGGUGGUGGCAGUUUCGGUGGUGGUGGUGGUGGCGGCGGCGGCGGUGGCUACAUGAACGGUGGCCGUCAGGGUGGCCAGAGGGGUGGCGGCAAGGGGGGAAGCGGUGGAUUCAAGCAGCGUGGGGCUGGUGGAGGCGGUGGCGAUCGUCCACCACGGCACGCACCGUACUAAACACAAAUCAAAAUAUCCUUUUUUCUUCCUAUCUGAGGUUUAGUUCGUUUAGUUCUUUUUUUUUUUGUCUAGUUAAAUAAUCCGUGAAAUCUGCGUCCAUCCUUUCCACGAUCGCUACCACCGCCCCCACCCCGAGAACCCGGACCUCCAACGAUGAUCCCCUUCUCUCCCCGUGUAGGAUCAAUCUUCUCCCCAGCCCGUGUCUCGAGAAGUCCGUAGUAAGCGAGAUUAUGUAUUUUAGAGUACGAAAGAGAGAGAGAGAGAGAGAGAGAAAGGAAUAGGCAGCAGACCGAACAGGCAAGAGAGGCGUGGAUCAGGGACUUUUAUUCCAACUAAACACAAAUACACACACACAUACUCACAUUUAUAUAGUGUUUGCAUUCUUGUAUCAUUUCAACAGACAAUAAAACAGUUAAAUUAUGGAAAGGAUCAUCCAUCGAGCGUG